UUAAAGAAAUAAGUUGUUUUUGUUGAUUUUAUGCAACCCUUUAAAUCAGCUGUUAUCUGAUUACAAAUUUGCCCACUUCAAGUAUGACGGCAAUUGCUGGUGGUCAUGGUGAGCCAAACCCCAAUGCUACAUGGUUGGGUGCGCGUGGCAUGUGGUUGGCUUAUGGCUUAGGUGUACUGACGGUACACUUGAUUCUAUUGUCGGUUCCAUUUAUUAGCAUUCCAAUGGCUUGGACUAUAACAAACCUGCUGCACAAUGCGGCACAUUUAUACUUUUUGCAUUUGAUUAAAGGAGCACCCUGGUUAAGCAUUGAAAAUGACGGUGCACGUCGUUUAACUCAUUGGGAACAAAUUGAUGACGGCGAACAAUUUACAGCAACGCGUAAAUUUCUUACAGCUGUUCCAAUUGUAUUAUUUUUGUUAACUUGUAUCUAUACAAGGAAUGAUCCUGACCAUUUUAUCGCAAAUUUCAUUUCACUUGUGUUAGUCACCUUACCCAAACUACCACAAUUCCAUGGUGUGCGCCUUUUCAAUAUAAAUAAAUACUGAAUUGUGAAUUCUUAAAGGUUUUUGGGAGAUACUAGAUAAGGAAACUAUUGUUUGCAAUUUUUAGACUGAAAGGAUAAAAUCAUUUCAAAAUGAAUAUUAACAAAUUAUUUUAUAUAUACUUGGUGUUGAUCUAUUUUUAUUGACWUAGUGACGGGUGGAAAGGUUUAGAAAAAUAAAUAAAUUGUGCAUAUAUAAUAAAGUUAAUACAAGAAAAUGUAAUGAA